GUGAGGAGAGCGCAUGCGCAGAGGAACUGCAAGAAAGGCGGUGGCUGCUGAAGAGCGAGGAGCGUCCAGUGCGCCAGCCUCACGAGGCUCACAUACGCUCUCUGCCCAUUCGCUUAUAAAGUAUUUGAGGAGCCAGCCAAAGGUCAGAGGAGCAGAAGCGCAGAAAGGAGAGAGGAAACAUGAGGUCUACUCGGGGAAGCAGGCUCUCCUCAGGGUUUUCUGAAGAUACCAAACAGGGUGAGCCUGGAGUGAAGACAGAGGCCCAGCCAUCGGAGUCUUCAGUGAAAACAGCCUCAUUUACUGAUUCAAGCCUUUCAGACAGUUUGUCAGGGAGCCAAGUUUGGGAAAACAAGGGCCUAGCGUCUCUCGCAGCCCGGGCUUCAGAUACUGAGACUUUGGCAGCCCGAGCUGCAAAGGCUGAGGCCUGGGAGACUCAGGCUUCUGAGGGACAGAGAAUGGGCACCCGACCCAAGAAAACCUUUACGUUGGGGGUGAAAUCUGCCCAACCCCUGAAACAGAAACCCUUAAUUAAGAAGACAGAGGUGCCAGAGAAGAAGAAGAAGAAGAAGAAGAGUAGUGAGGUCCCUGAUACCCGGCCACUCUGGUCUAACAAGGUUGAGUACAUGCUGGCCCAGGUGGGCUACUCCGUGAGGGCAAUCAACCUUUGGCGGUUUCCCUACCUGUGGCUUCACAACGGAGGUUGGAGUUUUUUCAUCAUCUACCUCUUCUUGCUGCUCUUGGUCGGGAUCCCGCUCCUCUUUCUGGAGAUGGCUGUGGGUCAGAGGAUGCACCAGGGCAGCAUGGGCGUGUGGAAGAUCAUCGGCCCCUGGGUCGGUGGCGUGGGGUACACCAGCUUCAUGGUGUGCCUCAUUGCCAGCUUGUACUGCAACGUAUUCAAUGCCUGGAUCCUCACCUAUUUGUGUCAGGCCUUCAAAUAUUCUACUCCCUGGGAGCACUGUCCUCUCCUAAAGAACUCCAGUGACUUUGAUCCUGAAUGUCAGCGGACGACGCCCUCCAUGUACUUCUGGUACCGGUCGACCUUGAAGGCCUCGGACAGCAUCGAGGACAGCGGGCCGCCAGUCCUCGGCCUGAGCAUUCUCUACCUAUUGUCUUGGUGUCUGGUGGGCACUUGCGUGAUAUUUGGGCUGAAGUCCCUCGGGAAGGUUAUGUAUGUGUUGGUACCAUUGACCUACGUAAUCUUGCUCUGCUUCUUCAUCCGGGGGCCCCUGCUGGAGGGAGCGGUGUUCGGCCUUCAACAUCUGAAGAUUUGGAAGAUACCGGCUCUGUAUGACGUGGCCGUGUGGUGCUUUGCGGGGAUCCAAGUCUUGUUUACCUUAGGCCUCGGCUAUGGCCCCGUCGUCUCUUUAUCCUCGUACGUGGACUCAUCCAACAACUGUCUGCAGGAUGCCUUCGUCGUGGCUCUGGUCAACCUGGGCUGCAUGAUGCUCGCCACGCCGGCCAUCUUCUGCGUCCUGGGCUUCUGGGCCACCAUCAUCACAGACCGCUGCAGUGAAAAGAACGCAGACACGCUUUCCAGUCUGGUAAUAAUGGGGAAACUGCCUCCUGAGGCCAAACCCCCUGAAAACCUGGGGGAGCACCCGGCCCCCAUCUUCUUUGCCUGGCUCAGCAGCCUGCCCCCACCCAUCCACAGCCGGGUUCUCAGCCACCUGGUUGAGUGUGACAUAGAGAAGCAGUUUUUGAAGGUGAAGGAGGGCCCAAACUUUGCCUUCCUGGCUUUUAUUGAAGCCAUGUCCUUUGCUCCUGGCUCUGUCUUCUGGACCAUCCUCCACUUAUUGAUGUUGCUGACCUUGGGGCUGAACGUCAUGCUGGGGACCCUGCAGGGCAUUGUCACGCCACUCCAGGACAGCUGUUCAUCUUUCAGGAUGUGUCCAAAGCUGUUCACAGUGUUGGUCCUUGUGCUCCUGUUCCUGUGUGGCCUCUUCUUCACUCAGCCUUCAGGCAUCUACUACGUGGAACUGCUGAGUGAAUACUGGAUGGUCCUUCCCAUAAUUCUCAUCGUCACAUUUGAAAAUGUGGCUGUGGCCUGGGCCUACGGAGCGAGGAGAUUCCUUGCAGACUUGGCGAUUCUGUGGGGCCGUUCCAUCCACCCCAUCUUCCACUGGCUGUGGUGUGCUGUGUCUCCAAUUUUGCUGCUGAUGCUGCUUGCGGCCACCCUGAUCCUGCUGUCUCUGGAGAACUUAAGCUAUCGAGCCUGGGACUCAAGCACUGUGAGCCUCCCCGUCCAGACCCCACACCUCCCCAGAGAGUGGGGCCGGCCUUUCAGUCCGCUCCUGCCUGGAGACCGUGUCCGCUCAUUCUCUGCCCUGAUUCCCCUGCUACCCUUCCCCUUCCACCAUCUUUCCUCUUCUGGAAGCUUCGAUGUUCUGAACCCCUUUCCCAUCUCUCCACAGUCCAAACAGGUGUUAAGACAGUACCCGACGUGGGUGCUGCUCUCGAUGAUCUCCCUUUUCGUCAUCGUCAUCCUCCCCAUCCCCGUGUACUUUGUGUACUGCCUCACCCAAGGUAUUCCCUUCAAGCCCGCCAUCUUGGACAGGCCCAUCAAAGAUGUGCCAGAGGAGUCGGUUCUGCAGGAUGAUAACCAAACCGCUGAUCCACCGGCGGCCGUGUGACUUCCCAGUCUCCUUCAUGUCACCCGGCAUCACACCGCUCGUAAAACAGGCGACUUAGUAUCAACUAACGACUGCUGAUGUCCUCGGACCCAGAACUCCCUUUUAUUCCCAAGGGCAUUAUUUGGGGGGCGGGGCGCUCUUGGGGUUCACUCCUGCCAUUGCAGCCCUAGUUCAAGACCCCGCUGGUUGCCACCGUCAUUUUCCCCACUCCCUUCCUCAGUGUGUGCACGUGCCCCUCACACGCAGUGGGUGAUGCCAACCAAACCUGACC